CAGUUAGUGUCAGAAGAACUAUUUACAUCAGUAGAACAAUAUAAUAAUGUUAUCGAUGCAAUUUUUGAAAGUGUACCAGGUGCACAUUAUAAAGAAUAUCAAGGUUGCAAGUGGUGGCUAUUUAAAAUACAGGAGCAUGAUAGGCUAUGUGCAAAACUAUAUUCAUUAAACCAAUCAGAGUUAAAGGUGCACAGAUUGCCACCACAUAUCAUAAAAACAUUUUUAAAGCCUGAAAAUGCAAGUGAUCCAAAACCAUUAGAUAUAGAUUUUUCACAGAUGCCAAGUUCACUUUUACCAUUUCAAAAGAAGGGCAUCGAAUUUGGUAUAGAAAAAGGUGGAAGAUGUUUAAUUGCAGAUGAUAUGGGUCUAGGUAAAACAAUUCAAGGUAUAUCAAUUGCAUAUCACUAUAGGAACGAAUGGCCAUUAUUAAUUGUUACUCCAUCAUCACUUCGUCUAGUUUGGGCUGAUUCGAUCGAAAAAUUUUUUCCUCAAAUUCCCUCCUCCGAUAUUAAUUUGGUGAUGAAUGGUAAAUGUGGUCUCAAUGGGCUAAUCAAUAUUAUCAGUUAUGACUUGGUAACUACUAAAUUGGAUGUGAUUCUUAAAAAGGGUUUCAAGGUUGUUGUCCUCGAUGAAUGUCAUUAUAUAAAACAAAAUGUAUUUAGAUCUCAACGUUCAAAGAGUUCAUGCGAUAUUCUAUCUAGAGCAAAACGUACCAUUCUGUUAUCUGGUACACCUGCACUUUCAAGACCCAUAGAACUUUAUAAUCAAAUUAAUUGUAUCAAACCAAAUUUUAUGAGUUGGAUGGAUUACGCUUAUAGAUAUUGUGCAGCUUAUAAAGAUCGUUAUUCAAUCAAUACUAGUGGUUUCUCAAAUACCAAAGAGUUAAAUCUAUUCCUCAAUACAUUUAUGAUAAGAAGACUAAAAGAUGAAGUACUAACAGAGCUACCAGCGAAAAGAAGAGAAAGAAUUACCGUCAAACUAGAUAAAAAGAGAUUAAAGGAUAUCAAGCAAACAGUAGAGAAAAUUCGUCAACAUUCUAAAGUGAUGGGUGAUGGCGGUGUGGAUAAUCGUACUGCAAUGAGCGCAAGAGGUUCGAAAAGUAGUAUGUUUUUAAAGUUGCUACGUGAUACAGGUCUUUAUAAACUAUCGGCUAUCAACCAAUUUUUAAAAGAUAAACUUACCGAUGCCCCACCAGACCAAAAGUUUUUAAUUUUCGCUCAUCAUAAAGGUGUGAUAGAAGGUAUUUGUAAUAUGCUCAGAAAGAUAAAAAUAGACAAAGAGAAAUUGGAUUUUAUUACAAUUGUAGGUUCCACUCAAGCUCAAAAUCGUAAUGAACUUGUAAAUCAUUUUCAAAGUAACCCCAAAUGUCGUAUUGCAGUUCUUAGUAUUACCGCUGCUGGUACCGGUCUAACUUUAACUGCUGCUACCUGUGUUAUUUUUGCUGAAUUGCUAUGGACCCCUGGUGUAUUAUUCCAAGCAGAAGAUAGAGCACAUCGUUAUGGUCAAACCUCAUCAGUUUUGGUUCAAUAUCUUAUCGGUAUGGGCACUGUUGAUGAAUCAAUUUGGAACUUAGUAGAGAGUAAAAAGAAUCUUUUAGGUAAA